UUCCUGUUCCACGAUGGUAGACGAAGUAACUAAGAAAACUUUGGGGCAGAUUCCCCUGCUGAAGACUAAAGCAGGACCAAGAGAUGGUGAUCUGUGGGCUCAGAGGUUAAAGGAAGAGUAUCAGGCUCUGAUUGCAUAUGUGCAAAAGAACAAAGAAGCUGACAAUGACUGGUUCAGACUUGAGUCCAACAAAGAGGGAACACGGUGGUUUGGCAAAUGCUGGUAUAUUCACAAUCUGCUCAAGUAUGAGUUUGAUGUAGAAUUUGAUAUUCCAGUGAUGUACCCCACCACAGCACCAGAGAUAGCUAUUCCAGAGUUAGAUGGGAAGACUGCAAAAAUGUACAGAGGAGGAAAAAUCUGCCUGACAGACCAUUUUAAGCCACUUUGGGCAAGAAAUGUACCAAAAUUUGGAAUAGCACAGGCUUUUGCACUAGGGCUUGGACCAUGGCUAGCUGUGGAGAUUCCAGAUCUUAUAGAGAAAGGACUUGUAGUACAUAAGGACAAAGCAACCAGCUAGCAGGCAUGAUCACCCUGAAGCUUAAAGAACUAAUUGUCAUUUUCUUUUGUAUUUAACGUGACCAUUGCCAACGAAAUGUGACUGUCAUUCAGUCAGUGACAUUCAAGGUCUCAAAGUCUGUUGCGUUAUGCCGAGUUUCUACAAGGACAGAAUGGCUUAGGAUGUCUUUCUGUGAUUUACAGGACUAUAUCUUAAAGCUUGCAUGGAAAAAAAGUUGCUAUUUAUUCGGUCUUGAUGCAGGAACUAACUAUGCUGUGCAUUUGUCAGCUUGUGCUGGUUUAUUUUGUUAGUGCAAUUGAAAUACCCAUUACACCAGGCCCCAGUUCUUAAAAAAAA